AUGCCAAUUCUCCUAGCUUCAAAAGUUUUUAAUGAACAUAUGAUUGAAAAAAUUUAUCAUAGUGGCCCUCCUUAUCUACAAAAAUUUCAAUUCAUUUUGGACAUUCAGAAACGUGGUCCUUUAGCAUUUAAAUGUUUUAUUGAUGCAUUAUUUAUCACUGGACAAUAUACUCUUAAAAAUAUUUUACUGCCUCACGAAAUUCAAUUACUAAGUAAUCAUCAAACUAAUGAUACCACUAAAUUGAAUUCAUUAUCAUUAUAUAUGGAAAAAGAUUGUGGAAUAUUGGAUAUACAUAUCAAAAAUUCAGAAGUGUUGUUUGGACAAGAUAUGUAUGAUAUGAGAGUUAAAAAUAAAGGAUUGGCUAUUAUAAUAAACAAUGAGAAUUUUGAAUAUAAUACUAAUUUAGCUCCGAGAAAAGGAACAGCAAAUGAUUGUGCAAAUUUAAAAAAUUUGUUUCAAAAAUUGGGCUAUACAGUCAUAGUUAAAUGUGACUUAACUAAAUUAAAAAUGAAGGAGGAACUUGAUGAAUUUUCAAAUCGCAAGGAUCACACCUCUUCUUGCAUAAUCUCAAUAUUAAGCCAUGGAAUGAAUGAUAAAAUAUAUGGAAUUGAUGGCCAAUUAUUAUCAUUAGAUCAUAUUUCAACAUUCUUUGAUGGCAAGGCUUGCCCCUUAUUAAUUAAUAAACCUAAAAUUUUUAUUUUGCAAGCCUGUCGAGGGGAUGAAAGAGAUAAAGGAUUUUUUCAUACCCAAUUUUAUAAAAAAAUAAUUGAGGAUGAUCAGACUGAUUCAAUGGAGAUGCAGAGUAAAUAUCCUGGUGGCAUGGAUAUGAUUUUUGCUUACGCCACUCUUCCUGGAUUUGUAUCUUGGAGAGAUGGGGUUUUAGGUACUUGGUUUGUUAGAGCAAUUGUUAAGGUGUUUUCAGAACAUUCUCAUGAACAUGACAUAUUAGAUAUGCUGACAAAAGUCAAUAAAGUUAUCAUCCAUAAUUACGAAUCAAAAUCAGGCCACAAAAUGAUGUCAGAAUUUACCUCUAGAUUAUCCAAAAAAUUUUAUUUUAGUAAUAUAUAA